CCAAGAUGGCGGCGCCCGCGGCUGGGGCCGGGCGGAAGCGGAAGUGGGGAGGUGCCGGCGCGAGCGGCUGCGGCCCCCGCUGAGGGGCAGGACCCCCGCAGCCCCUCUCGCCGCCGGCGAUGCCGAUGACCCCCCCUCCACCAUGCUCCUCGCCUCCUACGCCGCCUGCGCCCUCCUCCUGGCCGCCUGCCUGGCGCUGGAGCUGGCCGCCUGCCGCUCCCGGCCCCCCGCCGCCCCCCACCACGCCAACCCGGCCUUCCGCCGCUUCCAGCGCGGCUACUACCGCGUCUACCUGCCGGCCCUGGCCGCCGACUGGCUGCAGGGACCCUACCUCUACAAACUCUACCAGCACUACCGCUUCCUGGAGGGACAGAUCGCCAUCCUCUACGUCUGCGGCUUCGCCUCCAGCGUCCUUUUCGGGUUGGUUUCUUCUUCUUUGGUCGAUCGAUUAGGUCGGAAGAAAUCCUGCGUUCUUUUUUCCUUGACCUACUCGGUUUGUUGUUUGGUUAAACUCUCCCGGGAUUACCUGGUGCUGGCGGUGGGGAGGGUUUUAGGGGGUUUAUCCACGGCCUUGCUCUUCUCCGCCUUCGAGGCGUGGUACGUCCACGAGCACGUGGAACGCUAUGAUUUUCCGACCGAGUGGAUCGCCGUCACCUUUUCCCGAGCGGCUUUUUGGAACAACGUCAUCGCCGUGGGGGCCGGCGGGACGGCCGAUUUCUUCGCCGAGUGGUUGGGGUUGGGCCCGGUGGCUCCGUUCAUGGUCUCCAUCCCCCUCCUGGUGCUGUCGGGGGUCUUCGCCGUAAAAAAUUGGGAUGAAAACUACGGGAAGAAACGAGCUUUCUCCAAAACCUGCGGCGACGGUUUGAAGUGCCUCCUCUCCGACCGCCGCGUCCUUCUCCUGGGCACCAUCCAGGCUUUGUUUGAAAGCGUCGUCUACAUCUUCAUCUUCCUCUGGACGCCCGUCCUGGAUCCCCACGGCGCUCCCUUGGGCAUCGUUUUCUCCAGUUUCAUGGCCGCCAGCAUGCUGGGCUCCUCGCUUUACCGCCUGGCCGUCUCCAAGAGGUACCACCUCCAGCCCGUCCACCUCCUCUCCCUCGCCGUCCUCCUCAUCUUCUUCUCCCUCUUCAUGCUCACCUUCUCCACCAACCCCGGCCAGGAGAACCCCGCCGAGUCCUUCCUCGCCUUCCUCCUCAUCGAACUCUCCUGCGGGCUCUACUUCCCAGCCAUGGGUUUCCUCCGACGGAAAGUGAUACCGGAGAAAGACCGUUUGGGGGUGAUGAACUGGUUUCGCCUCCCUCUAAACUUACUGGCUUGUCUGGGUUUACUGGUCCUCCACGACAGCGACCGGCGGACGGGCACCAGGAGCAUGUUCGGCGCCUGCGCGGCCGUGGCGCUGCUGGCGCUGCUGGCCGUCGGCCGCCUCUUCGCCCUGAGCCGCCGCGACGCCGAGCUCCGCCUGCCCGCCACGCCGGGACAGGCCGAGGACGCCGCGCCCGAGCCGUGACGGGGGUCCCCGACGCCGGCGUCGCCCCCUCCCCGGCCCCGGGGGGACCCGCUGCUACGGGGUGAGUGGCCGUGGGUGGCCGGUGACCCCCAAAACAUCCUCAGCUCCGCGGCGGGGCCAGAACCGCGCGGGGAGGCGGAUUGUCUUUUUUUUUUAAUGAAAAAACCCCAAAAUAAAAGGUUUUUCUGCA